AAGUAGGCAUUCAGAAAAUGCACACUGACGAACCGGGGUACCUCUGCAAACAUUUCAUUAAGGUACAGGUGCAUCUUUCAUGAACUCCCCGCGUGUGUGGCCAACACACAUUCUUCACUUUUUGUAAAUAUAGCAGCGUCAUCAUCUUCACCUGUGUGAACCAUGGAAUGAAUGCUGAGGUUGUCCAUCGCGCGCACCGAUAAUCGGAUCUAGUCCCUCGUGGAGUAUCCGAGACCUACGUCCUCUCCUUGCACGGAGCAGAAUGCACCCUGGUUUCUGGUCGUUAAAUGUUUAGUUCAGAGAUGAUAUCCUCGCAGCAGAAUCAUGUUGUCAACACCAUUGAGACCAUGCCUCCUGAAACCAUCACGGCAUCGCCGACCCUGGUUCAAAGGAUAAGAAAAGUGUUUAGCAGGGAACUUCUGGUAACUCUGGCUCUGGGCCAGGUCCUGUCUCUGCUCGUCUGUGGCAUCGGGCUGACCAGCAAGUACCUGGCUCAUGAAUACCACGCCAACACGCCCGUGUUCCAGAGCUUUCUCAACUACAUCCUGCUGUUCCUAGUCUACACCACCACGCUCGCCGUCAGGCAAGGUGAGGAGAAUCUGCUGGCAAUACUGAAGAGGCGAUGGUGGAAGUACAUGAUUCUGGGACUAAUAGACAUCGAGGCUAACUACCUGGUUAUCAAAGCCUACCAAUACACCACACUAGCAAGCGUACAGCUCUUAGACUGUUUCACCAUCCCCGUGGUGCUGCUGCUGUCCUGGUUCUUCCUGCUGGUGAGGUACAAGGCCGUGCAUUUUGUGGGCGUUGGGGUGUGUCUGCUGGGCAUCGGCUGCAUGGUGGGGGCAGAUGUCCUGGUGGGAAGACAGCAGGGCCUAGGGGACCAUAAGCUCCUGGGGGACCUGCUGGUUCUGGGAGGUGCCAUGCUCUAUGGAAUCUCUAACGUGUGUGAGGAGUUCAUCGUUAAGAACCUGAGCAGGGUGGAGUUCCUGGGCAUGAUGGGACUGUUCGGCUCUUUCUUCAGCGGCAUUCAGCUGGCCAUCAUGGAACACAAGGAGCUGUUAAAGGUGCAGUGGGACUGGCAGAUUGGGUUGCUGUAUAUCGGCUUCAGUGCCUGCAUGUUUGGCCUGUACAGCUUCAUGCCCGUGGUCAUUAGAAGGACCAGCGCCACGUCGGUCAAUCUCUCUCUGCUGACCGCUGACCUCUACAGCCUGUUCUGUGGCCUCUUUCUGUUCCAGUACAAGUUUUCAGGGCUCUACCUCCUGUCCUUCGUCAUCAUCAUCCUGGGUCUGGUGUUCUACACAUCCUCCUCCACCUAUGUGGCACAGGACCCGCGCGUCUACAAGCAUUUCCGCAACGCCGGCCACCCCAUCACGGACACGCCCACUCUGAGGCCCCUGGAACCCUCGGUGACCUAUACCAGCCUAAGGCAGGAGAUAGAGGAGGAGCCUCGCAUCAGGGUGGCUUGAGAGGGUGGGGCCUAAUCAUCCACUGCCCCACCUCCCCAGAUUCUGUACAGAGAGAAGGAUCACUGAAUGAUUAAAAAAAUUAUCGAAAACAUGUAGCAAACACGCAAAAGUACACUGUGAUCGCAAACUGUGAAUAGAUAGCAGUGGCUAUUUCUGAUUUUGAAGAUUUGUUUCAUGUAUAGAAAUAUACUGUUACCCCAUCACGUUCCCUCGUACUGUACAUUUGACAUGUUUAGAAGGUUUUGUGCUUAAGACUUGUGUAAAUGCUAAAUUGUGACUGUUUCCUUUUUUACAUGAGCACAAAACGUUAUUGCAUUUUAAGCUUUGAGUUUGCGUUGUGGGUUAUUUCAGUGUUUAAUUGUUCCUUCAAAUUGAUCUCUUUUUGUAAAACUGCCCCGUUAAAGUAUCAUGUCCAGAGGUACGAUAAAGUAAUAUACAGACUU